AUGGAGGAUAUCAGCGAAGAACCCAAAUUCCCUAUGAAUCCAAAAUGUUACAAAAUCAUCCAAAGAAUCGGUUGCGGCAAGAACUGCACUAUCUUCAGAGCAUUUUGCAUCCCUAUGAAUUCUUAUGUCGUGAUCAAAUCCAUCAAUCAAUCCGGUCAGGAUUCCGAAUCAGUCGACAGCCAACGCCGCCGCCAAAUCUGGUCAAUUUUGCCAUCAUUCUCCGUCGCCGGCUCUCUUCAGUCCUUAAUGCUCUAUUCCUUCCCAAAUGGACUUUCAGAAGACUGUAUUGCCGUUAUUCUUAACCAAAUCUUGAAUCAGUUGUCUUAUUUGCACGUCAAUGAAACUCUUCAUCGUGAUAUUAAUGCUGGAAACAUACUUCUUGAUCAUAAGGGACAAGUUCAAUUGGCUGAUUUCAGUUACUCUGCUUCCAUAUCCGAAUUGGGUUCUCUUUCUUCUUCUUGUUGGUCGUCAUCUUUGCAGCCACCUCUUUACUGGGUUGCGCCGGAGGUGACUCAAUCUAGUGAUGGGUAUUCUAUGAAAGCAGACAUUUGGUCAUUUGGAAUCCUAGCUCUAGAAUUAGGACAUGGAAAGCCACCUCUGUUUGAAAUUGAUCAACUCUCUCAAUCUCUGAUCAAGACAAUCAGUGAGAGAUUCUUUUUAGGGAAUUAUGAAAACUAUAAGAGAACUCCUUGUUCUGACAAGAGUUUCUCUGAAUCUUUCAAGAAUCUUGUCAAGGGAUGCUUGGAACAAGAUCCUGGAAAUAGGCCUACUUUGGAGAUGUUGCAGAAACAUGUUUUCUUUAGAAAUUGUAAAUCCGCUGACUUUCUGGUCAGGAACAUGUUGAAUGAAAGAUUUAAACUUCCAACCAGGACAGAUGAAGAUGCCAAAGAAAAGGAAGAAGUUGAAUUGAGGAUUAGUGGGUGGAAAUUAAAGGAUGAAAAAUUGGAACUUUGUCCAAUUUUGUAUAAUGUUCCAAUUGGUUUGAGAGAAACCCAACAUGUCCAAUUUGGCGGGGAAACCAUAAUCGAGGAGAAGGAAGCAAUGGAGGUAGAUGAACUGCUAGAGAAGGAGCCAGAGGAAGAGGAAAAUGAAGAGAAUCAGAAGUUUGGCAAGUUUUUAGAAGUUAAUGAGCAGAUGGAUAUAAUCAGUGAGAAGAUGGAUGGUGUUAAUGAAACAACAAACAGAGAUGAAAUCCAAUUUGGCGGCGAAACCAUAAUCGAGGAGAAAGAAGUAAUGGAGGUAGAUGAACAGCCAGAGGAGGAGGAGGACGAGUCGGAAGAGGAGGAGGAGUUGGGGGAAGAGGAAAAGGAAUUGAAUCAGAAGAUUGACUGGUUCAUAGAAGUUAAUGAGCAAAUUGAUAUAAUGAUUGAGAAGAUGGGGGAUGUUAAUGAAACAGCAAGUAAAGAUGAAAUAUUUGCGACACUUUAUCUUGUGAAAGACAGCUUGGAAAAACAGUUGAGUCGAGUGAAUAGCUUGAUCAUUACUCAAAGCGGAGUGUUGCAGGACAUUAUAUCUAAGGCACUUUAUCUUGUGAAAGACAGGUUGGAAAAAUGGUUGAGUCGAGUGAAUAGCGUGAUCAUUACUCACGGUGGAGUGUUGCAGGACGGGAAGUUUAAUGUACUAGAGUCGGCGACACCUGAGCCAGAGUCCGCGAUGCAGACUCGAGAAGAUGAUGAUUCGUAG